CCCCGUGGAGUGCUAAAAUCGGCAAUCUGUAAUCUGGGAAUUAAUUAUUAAAUAAAAAUUGUUAUCAUUCUAAUCUAUAAUUAUUACAAUUCACAUUUAGUUCCACUAAGUAUGGCAUUAGUUUUUGCGGUCUUACUUUUCUAAAACAGUUACGAUUUUAAGUAAAUUCAUGUGACAGAUGUUCAUGUGUAGUUACGCGCCACUUUAAGCUUGGUUUCUGAAUUAAAAUCCAACAUCUAAUGGAGGGAUCAUCCGACAGCUUACCUGAAAUGGAUUCUGGGCCUCAAGAAACAGUUUCUACCUCUGAACCUGUGGUGACCGAUACUAUUAUUAUUUCUGAUAGUGUAAUGGAGAAGCCUUCAGAUAGCUCACAAAUUUUGUUUCCGGAAAGUCCUGUUUAUGAACCUGAAGAGAUUGAGCUUGUUUCAAGUACGGCACCUGAUGAAGACAAGAAAGAAAAAUCAGAAGAUUGUCUAGAGGAGCUGGCUAUGACAAAAAGAAAAAAUUCUGAUGAAUUAGUCCAGAGCAGCCCUAAAAUACAAAAACUGGAACUUGUUGAAGAUGAAUUUGCAGUUUCCUCUCAAACUUUAGACGAUGAAGUUUCUGAAAUAACACGGUCUAAAAGAUUGUGUGAUAACUUAGAGCUACCUUCAACAUCUCGAGUUCGGACCCCAGUCCGAUCCAGCCCAAGGCUAUUAACUAAGAGGAGCAAUAGUGCUGACAUAGUAAAAACUCCUAAAACUCUCAAAUCUAGACCUGCUAGUGUUGAGGUCACGAAAAGUACUCCAAAAAAGAAUCUACAAGCUAACAUAGAAUUAAAGUACACAGCUGACAGGGUAACUUCAAGACCGAGCAUUGAAUUUGUUAAAGAAAUACCACCACCAAAAGUACCAGACACUAUACCCGAGAUCCCAGAAAGCUUAGAUGACUCACAGGGCUUGCACUUAGAAAUGUCUCCUACUCCUGAUGAUGAGAAUGUUAAAAUCAAAUACAACAGUGAUCCUACUCUCAAGGAUAGUGAUGUAGCCAUGAAACCCGCAAAAGUACAAAAAGCAAGUAGUGAAGGAAAUGCUUACUCAGAUAAUAACAUGUCAAUACCCAGAACGAAUUUGAAUUUGAGUAAGACCUCUGAUCUGGAAAGCACUGACAGUGUUUGUUCAAUGAACUUGGAGAGUCCCGAUCACAUCCCUAGUGCGGCCUCAAAACUCAUCUCGAAAUUAUCGAAUGGCAACUCUUCUACACCGACCGACGCGACUGAAGAUAGCGAUUGCACUCCUGAUAUGGUAAAACUGAAUAACAUCAAAGGGAAGCGCCUUAAAAAUGAAUCAUUCCGUGCGAGUAAUACUACCACACCUUCAACGAUAUCGCCACUACAGAACGGACAUUCGCUACCUAUUUCAACUCCACAUGUACCAGCUUUCGACGUCCACAUCAGUCACAACGAAGACAAUGAAUUUUUAUCCCUAUACGUUGUCCGAACUGACAAUGACUUAGGCAUGGACAUGUGCAAAGAAUACCAAAGGAUAUCCAAGCGUUUCACCAUCGAUCCUUACUUAGCGGACGUUUCAGUCAGUAACUCCCCGUCAAGUGUUACCAGCGGGGGAAUGAUUAAUUUGCCUAACAGGACUUCUUUUGCUUCCACUGUCAGUUCAACAUCGACGUUGAGCAGCAACAGAACCAGUGACGGAGCCUUCGUGGUGCCACAUCCUCCAAGGAAAUCCGUAUCGAAUCCGACAUACUCAAUCAAGGGAUAUGAUGCACUAAUGAAGAAGUUACAAGAGAUAUUUUCGCAUAUACGCGAAGUAUCUGACGACGGCGGUCGGUCGAUAAGUGACGACAAAGUGUCGAUUGCCGUACAGACAUCUCUUUCCACGGAAAGCAACAUGAGUAAUGGCAACGCUAGCCCUGAAGAGGUCAGCAAAUGUGAUAAAACCACACCGAAAAGUUCUUUGAAGAAAACUCGGGUACGAGGUCGACGACCUAUGGCGGCGAAGACGAAACGAGCAAUACUGCCAACUCAGCCAGAAGAAGCAGAGUUUAUGUACGACAUGAAUUCCCCGGAAAUGGUCCCCAGCAACGGGGACGGAGGACAUUCGCCAAAAUCGCCUAAAGACGAGAAACCGCUGUCCUCUAUGGUCGCGACCCCGAAAUCCGUAAGCAAACUGAAGCAGAAACGUCGACCGAACUCCCCACGACCAGCGACUCCUGUAGAUAAAAUGAUGAAGCAAGAAUACCCCGGUCACGCCCCGGAUACAGUGGUGUUGGCGAAGUGGGUGGACAAACGGUAUUAUUCCGGCAAAGUAGUCGAGAUAACAGAUUUGAACAAAUAUUUGAUCAAAUUCGACGAUGGUCAAACGAAGGUUCUACUUGACGAUUUCAUUAUCUUUGGGGACAUGAAGACUCUGCCUCUUACCGGACAGCUGGUGUAUGCUGUGGUCGACGAAGAACAGAACUACGAGCCGGGUUUGGUUCUUGGCGUCGAAGAAAACGACAGUGGCACUAUUACAUACAAGUGUGCCACAAACGGUGACACCCUAGUCGUGGUAACAGCCAGCGAACUCUAUCUAACGGAGGAACAAGCCAGAGCUCUGAAGGAUGCCGGCAGACCACGGUCACCGACCACUCCUAACACGACCCCUCGCAGGAGAAACCACAGAGAAUUGGACUUGGAUAAUAUUAUUCAGGGCCCGCGGAGUGCUCGCAGCAGAGACAAAGGAAGCUCAAGCGCCAGGAAACGAGUGGCUUCACCUAAGAGUCCUAAAGCCUCUACGUCAGGUAAAAAAAAAAGAGCUGCGAUAGCCGCCCAAGGUGGAUGUGCCUUGGAGAGCGUGACCGUGGGCGAACUUCGCUCAGGGUACUCCGGAGCUAGGUCAGCGUGGGCNGAGGAAGUAGCGGGAGUGGAGCCUGAACUACAGCGGACUCCGAGAAAAAUUGAUGGUGUCAAAGCGGGCCCGUUCCAACUGAAAGGGGCCGCGAAACAGAACAUCGGUAAGAAGAACUCGAAGCUGACCAAGUUCGAGAACGACGCCGACACCGUCUCUCAGCUCGGCCCGAUACCGGACGGCGACCACAAGAUCUUCAAGGGAAUGUACUUCUUGCUGACCUGCGCGGCCACCUCGAAGCGAUCCCGAGUGGACAAGGAAAAAGAAAGAGAUAAGAAGAAAGAAAAGGAGAGGGCUGAUAACUCAACGGACGCCAGACAAUAUUCCUCGGAGGAAGACAGCGAGGCUCCGUCCACUGUGGGCACUGAUACAGAGGACUUUGAGUUCUCUACAAGACCAUUCAACAAGGAACGGUUGAAGGAACAGCUGGAAGCCGGAGGAGGAGUAGUGUAUAGUCACUUCGACGAGAUACCCAAGAACAAAUAUGCGGUUUGUAAGCUAAUAGCUCCCAGGCCAUGUCUAACCGCGAAAUACAUACAAUGCCUGGCCAGUGACGUUAGAGCCGUGCUACAUGACUGGGUCAUUGCGAGUUGCUCCAGAAAGAUCUUACCUGACGUUGAUGCCCACGCGUUGCCCGCCGGGCUUUCAGUUCUACACAGACGCUACAUCACAUGGGACCCGCCGGGCGAAAGGCGAAACGCUACCUUCUUCAAGGACAAAAUCAUUCUUCUGUGCGGCGAUCAGGACACGUUCGUUAAAUUCUGGGAACGUGUGUGCAACCUGACCGGGGCGACCACGCGCGUCGUCAACGAGGAGGACCUCAACAUGACCGGCGCGUUCGUCCUGGUCACCGAUUGGGAAUGUCCACAUGAAGUCCAGAACAAAGCCAACCAGGACGGCAUACCCCUGGUCUCGACACACUGGGUCAUCGAGUGUCUCAUCCAGGCCGAGAUCGUUGACCCCACCUGUCACGAUUCGUUUUCAUUUAUGUAUACGGAGCCAGAAUGAUCGUGGGACUUCAGAAAGUACCUCAUAAUACGUGAAAAUUGACACUUGAGGUGAUUCUGUGAGUUUGUGCGUUUCUAUAAAUAGCUACUAUGAAAAACAUAAAAUACUAUAGUGAUAUGCGAGAAGUAUCGGUGAUCGUUUUCAAUAGAAAAGUGUUGAAGAGAUUUAGUGUGACCAAACGGUAAAUUUAGAUUAGGAACAGAGGCUGUUGACAAAUUAUCCUCAUUAAGAUUGACUAUUAACUCUAUAAUUGACUACUAUGAUAAUAAGUAUACUUAAUUAUGACCUCAAUGUUAAUUGUAAAUAUUACUCUGUAUUAAUUGUAAUCGUGAA